UUGUUUCUUCAUGGGUUGCGGGAGUUCUUCGUCGGGUGCUGUGGUAAGAGUUCAAACCAGAGGGAAAUCAUCUCUUCUCUGAGUUGCAAUCGUUCGAUUUACUGUUUUCCCUUAAAUUGUUGUCACGCAGGUGACUAGAUUUGUUUUAAUUUCUCUUUUGAGGCUGAUUUUUAGAACAUCCAGUCGAGUAUUAUCUCGCAGAAUGCUAGACUCGACGUGUUAAGCUGAAGUUGGCACCGUUUAAUUAAUCAGGAAGUAAUGAAGACAAGCGUAUACUUAACGUCAAGACAUCGACACCAAUUUUGUUGAACACCAAUGCCUAUAAUAGAAUUAUUCAAGUGAAUUGUUUCUUCCUCCUCCCAAGUUAUUCCUUAAAUUUUCCCUUAUUAUAACCUUGUGGAGUUUUGAAAACUGUAUACUUUGCUCCCUAACGAUGCUUUAGCUUGAAAUGGAAGCCAUUGAUCUGGAAAAGACAUACUUGUCGUUUGAAUUCUCACAACUAUAGUGAAAAGAUAUAAUGUAGGAUUAGUAACUUCUGUAACGUAAACCGUAUUAUUAUUUCUGGUUUGUUUACUAUUAGAUAACAACUCAGCAAUCGACUGUGGUAACACCACAAUACAGUGGAACUCAAACAGUAGGUUAGUAUCGCCACUGUGUGUAUGUUAAUAUUAUUGUUGGGAAGCUUUCUGCCGAAGGGUAGAUACGAGACUCUUUCUUGUGAAAAGUCUCAGCUCGUGGGCGAGAUUGUAAAAUUAGCUGGAAUCAGAGGGUAACAGUGCGCUGUUACUGGCAAAUGCUGACCACUGAUGGUUGUUGUGUGUGAAGAGAGCAUGAUUGAAGAUGGCAUGAAAUAUUAAGUAAAGUGGUGUUUUAACUUGUACGCCAGCUUACCUGCAACUUAGCAGAAAAUUUUCCAUUUUUUUCCCCAACAUUUUGUCACAUAAUGCCUCUGUUGUACUAUGUAACAAAUAACUUAAUAAAUGGUAUCUGACUGUGGAAUUAACAGUUAACUUUGUUUUUCUGAAAUCUCACCUCAGUCCAUCAUCAGAAACAUUGAGAUAUUUAUCAAACAAUGUCUCCCUCAUAACAGUUUCUGAUAAAUUUCCCAUUUCCAGUGCAAUAUCCAUCAUCUUACCCACGACAAGCAGUCUAUCCACAACAACGUGGACCACCACCAGCUUACUACAACCAACGUUAUCCUGGUCAGCCCGUUGGAUAUGGAACCCCUGGGGUCAUUCAGCAACCUCAGACAGUUGUGGUCCAGGAUAGAGACAGAGGUGGAGACCUCUUGGUUGGAAUGGCAGCUGGAGCAGUAAUGGCAAAUGCUCUGCAUGGACCUCAUUACUAUGGGCACGGGUCACAUAUCCAUAUCCAUGAUCAUGACCACUUCCAUAGUGGUGGGGAUCACUUUCAUGAGCAUCAUCACUAUGGAGGCCCUGAGUAUCAUGAACAUUAUGGUGACAAUGGUGGGUUUGAUGGAGGUGGGGGGUUUGAUGAUGGUGGUGGAUUUGAUGGCGGAGGUUUUGAUGAUGGAGGAGGAUUUGAUUAAAGGAGGGAACAGUGUUUUAGAGGAAUGUAGAGACAGCAAAAAAGCUGCAAGUAGAUACUGGGAUUUCUAUAUUAAGAGCCAAUUAAGAGCAAAAUUCACUGUAUAUAUUUCUAAUAAUAUUUCCUGCAAAAUUUUCUGAAACUAAGAACAUUGGAGUGAAAAUUGCACUUUUGUUAGCCAUCUACCUUGCAGUUUUUGCUGUUUGCUUUGAAACUUAAUGAAAACCCUGAGAGAAAAAGCUUGAAAUUAGCCAAGGAAUCAGCCUUGAAUGAAAGAUGACUUGCUUACUACACAUGACAUGUACUGGUAAUAUUUGCCAAUAAGCCAUAUGGUACAACCAGAACUGAGCUUAUAACCUAGGUCAUAUGCUUCUGUUUCUACCGAAAGCAUUUGAAAGCAUGAGGUAGACUUUCAGAACAGCUCAGUAUAUGAAGACUGUGAGGUCUUUUUAUGGAGCAAAAAUUGUUUCUGCUUUCUCAGGCUUCAUUUAAGUUAUUGUGUCAGUAAAUUAUUCUAAGUUCACUUUUUCCUACAUAUUUAGAUUGAGCUUUAAUGUGAGGUAUUUUUGAAAGCUGUGAUAACCUUACCAAGACAUAAAAAAUAAUGAAUUUAUACAGUCAUGUAUCCCAUUCAGCUUCACAACAAAUUCAUUCUGUUGAUAUUGUUACAUAUAGCAGUAAAAUUAUGUCUCACUGUAAUUAUUGUAAAUGCAUUUCCUCCCUGGCCAGAAGUUUGAGUGACAGUAUUUAAACUGAGUACAUAACUUUUCGUAAGUAUGUGGAAAAAUCAAUGUAUUAAAAUUAAAUUACAUAUCAGAACACAUAUUUGUAGGAUGUUGAUACUUCAUAACUUCACAAUAAAUACAAAUAGAAUUUAAUGGUGAGUAGGGGUGUAUUUUUUGUUUAGUUAUUUAAUAGAUACUUUAUUAUAACUAUAGUGUACUAUAGUUAAUCUAUGAAAAAUUAAAGUUACCCUCUCAGAUACAGACUGUUUUUUUUUAAGUCACACAUUUGUUUUUAUUUGAAUGAAUGCAUGUAGCUUGAAUUGGCAUGCAGAAGUGGUAUGAUGCUAUUUAAUCCCAACAUUUUCUCCAAGCUUAUUCAGUC